UGUAGAAGGGUCAUGAAGCAUGAGCAUGUGCACCUGGUGCUCGCUCACUCACCCAGCCAGCUUUUCAGGCACCCUCGUGCUCACUUCCUCUCCUUACCCAACCUUUUACUGACAGUCUGCACUGUAUGUUCUUGGAGGCAGAAAGAAAAACGCUGCGGUUGACUUGGUUACGCUGAAGGCAACAGCAUGAACAUCACAGCCGUGGCCUUGCCUCUUCUUGCAGUUUUACACUGCGUGAUGUCCAUAGGAGUCAGAGUGAAAGCACCACGAGGAGGAAACGCUUCUGUCCGCUGUCCAUACCACAGAGGAAGUGAGCUGUACCCAAAAUACUUCAGCAAAGGCAGAGAAAAAGUCGAGAUGGUGAAAGCGAAGUCCACAACAUGGUCCAUGGAGGGUAGAUUCUCUCUAGAGGAUGACAGAGAGAAGAGGGAGUUCACUGUGACCAUCAGGAACCUCAGUGUAAAUGAUGCUGGUCUGUACUGGUGCGGAGUGGACGACUGGGGGCCAGACACACUCACAGAGGUCAACCUAGAUGUAGUGCAAGGUAUUCUAUUCAGUAUAGAAUCCUCAAACACCCAGAAUGCUUCUCUCCUCACCACAUCAUCUCCAUUCACAUCAAUGUGGACAGGACGAAACAAGCUACCACAGAACAUCGAGUUGUCUCACAUAAAUCGAUCUGCUUAUCUUGGAGGCUCCCUGGCUGCAGUUGUGCUGUUGUGUGGAAUCAUGAGUGCCAUCUUUGUUAUGCUUAAGAGGAAAAAUGCAAAAAGAGCAAAAGGUAUUUUAUAAAACACAUAUGCAUUCUUACCUGCAUAUUAGUUGUAUUUUUGUUUUGUAAUUAAAAGCUGAAAUACUUAUUUCCGUAGACCCUACACUGCCAGGGACAAGCAUCAAAUCCAACAGGGACAGCUUCUUCGAUGAGGACAUUUUCCCAACAAAUGCCAGCUCUUCGGCCACCAACCACAGGCCCGGAUUCAGUCCUGUAUGAUACUCCAGACCCCAAUCAACCCCUUCC